CCGUUACUACCACUAGAACCAGUAUCGAUUAGAAGUCAUGAAGUUCGAGGAAUUGCCGCUCACGGAGGCGGAAGUCAUCAAGUUGAAACAAUUAUGUUUGGAAGCUCGUUCGUUAUCCUACUCACCAUAUUCGAAAUUUAGAGUUGGAUGUACGCUAGUGACAUCUGAAGGAGAAUUCAUUUCUGGGGCCAAUAUCGAGAAUGCCUCGUACGGUGGAUCCAUUUGUGCUGAAAGGUCGACAAUAUGUAAGGCAGUGAAUGAAAGAAAGUAUAAAUUCAAGGUGAUUGCGAUUUCUAGCGAUAGUCAGGAGGCGAUUUCACCGUGUGGGAUCUGUCGGCAGUUCAUACGAGAGUUUGGCAAGGAGAUUCCGAUAUUGAUGUUCGGCCAGGAAGGAAAUACGCAUGAAUUGAUGAAUUUAGAGGAAUUAUUGCCUAAGAGUUUUGGACCUAGUUGGUUGGGAGUUCCUGAGGCCUAGGGCCAGCGGCCCUCACCUGUUUGCGACUCUUCG